AUGAAAGCACAGGCAUCCAGCUUACCCUUUACACUUGUUUUUGCUGCUCUGGUGGCCAUUAUCAACACAAAACUUCCUCAACAUAACAACAAAACUGUUUGUCAUUCUUCGAGAACUUUCCUUGGUCACCUUGUCAAUCAGGCUGUUGCACAUGAGAUUACUGCGCUUGAAACCCUCAUCUUCCUCCUUGAGUGCCAAAUGGAUGACUUGAUUGAGAUUGUGGUUGGAUUCAUGCAUGAGGUUGGCGCAUUUCUGGCAGAAAACUCUCUGAAAGCAAAUGCACUCAUUUUUGACCAUUUCCAUGAUGUUCUCAAUGAGGGGACCAUCAGUCAUCACAUACAAUAUAUGAUAGAGGUGCUUAUGCAGGUCUGGAAAGACAAGUAUAAGGACAACCCAAUCAUACCAGAUGGGUUGGACCUUGUAAAGGAAGAGGAGCAAAUUAUGCACCACAUAUGCCUUGAAGAGGAGUUGCAGGUCCAAGAAGGGCUCAAUAUUCUCAAGUUCAACCCCAAUUACAUGGAGAAUGAGGAAAAGUACAAAGCAAUAAAAGCUGAGAUUCUUGGAGAGGGCUCUGACAAUGAAUCUGGUCCAGAGGAGUCAAGCAAGGAAGAAGAGCAAGGUACAUGA